AUGAAAAACCUAUUUUUGAUUUUCAUAAUUUUUCUGAAUCUACCAUUUCUUUGUGAAUCUGCCAAGGUGCUUCUAACAGUGAUGGAUCAGGGAAGAUCUCAUGCAACGUCAAUUACUCCACUAAUGCAUCGAUUACAAAAAGACGGACAUUUGACGGCUCUAGAAAUGGCCACUUAUAAAAAGGAUAUGGAUUUUGGGAUGGCGGAGAGGUUUAUUAAUAUGUCAGGGUUCGAAAACCAUUUCAUCUCCAAGGAUUUCUUCAAAAUCGCAUUCGAAGACGAAUUCACAUUUGUCCAUCAAGCAGUUCCAUUUUUCUUCGGUUCGAUUUCAUGUAAUCGAAUUUUGAAGCAUCAAAAGGAGAGAUGGAUGGAGAUUGCCAACGAGAAUUGGGAUUUAUUUCUUUCGGAUUCUUUAUUUUCUCCAUGUGGAUAUGCAAUGGCUGAAAUUACUGGAAAACCACAUGUUAUGAUGCACUCAAGUGAUGUUGAAAGUGCCCACGGAACCUUCAAGGGAUUCAGUAGAAACUACGCUCUGAUGGUCCCAAACUUUCUUCCCUACUCUAUGUCAAACUUCACAACCGACAAAUGGUGGCAUCGUGUUAUCUCAACUGUCGACUGGUUUGGAUCAAUGUUUAUCACUGGCGGAGUAGCUGGUUUCGCACAAAAAUGGGCAUUAAGAUCCAUUAUUCCAUUUCCAUACUUUUCAUUCUACGAUUACAAUCGACGUAGCUCGUUUUCUUUCACUGAUAUGCCGGAUCCAUUGUAUCCAAUUGGAGCAAGAACAAAUGAUUACUUCUCCUUUGGAACGUAUUGCAACCCUCCAAAAAACCAACUCACAGAAGAAUGGGCGGAAUUUGUGAACGCUCCUGAAUCGAAAGGAACCAUCCUUGUCGCGUUCGGAACGAUUAUCGAUUGGCGGUUUGCACCAGAAGAGAAAUUUGAAAUUUUCCUGAACGUUCUCAACAAGCUAACCGAUUAUCGUGUGGUUUGGAGUAUGAAAGGCGAGAGACCGGAUGGUUUAAUGACGCAUGUGAAAGUGUCGUCGUGGGUUCCACAGCAGCUGAUUUUGAAUCAUGAGAAGACGGUGUUGUUUGUGAGUCAUGGAGGAUUGAAGAGUGUCAAAGAAGCCGUCUGCUCCGCCACACCAUCAAUUUUCAUGCCAAUGUUUGCUGAGCAAAUGAGGAAUGCAUGGCUUGCGAAAUCCAAAGGAUUUGCUCGAAUUCUGAACAAAUUCCAUCUCUCCGAAUCUUAUCUCGAAAAUCAUAUCCGCGAAGUCGUCGAGCACAAAUCCUAUCAAACGAAUGCUGAGCAUUUUCUUUCAACUUUUGCCGAUUCGCCAAUGCCAGCUCUCGAUGAGGCUGCUUUUAAAUUUAAGAGACUUUUUAAGUACAACGGGAAAAUGCCCAAAUAUUUCUAUCCAAAAGCCAUUGAUCUUUCUUAUAUUGAAACGCUGAAUUUGGAUUUCUGGGUAUUGAUACCAUUGAUUUUGUGUUGGCUUGUCUCCAAUUAG